UAUUCUUUAAUCAAAACCACAUCUUACAUAUGUUUAUUCCAUUGUUGAAGUAUUUAUUAGUAGCCUAGUUGCUUCCGAUUUCCAUCCCAAAGAUAUAAGAAAAAUAUCAGUUUCUGGUUUUAGGGUAUAUCUGCAGAAAGAAGAAGAUGUUGAGUUUAAGAAGAGAACGUGUUGAAAAACAAAACUCUCGGGGUGAAAUAGUGAGGAAAGAACAAGUUACGAUGACCAAAAAGCUCAAUGCUUCAAACAAAGCACAAGCCAAAAAACCAGAGUGGCCACCAAGUAAAGCUGUUCUCUUGUCCAACCCUUAUAAACAAUUCCCUCCUCAAGAGACUAAGUUGGUGGAGUAUGUGGGCAGAAAACCAAGAAGGGGGCGUCAAUUGGACUAUAUCAAGGAGAAAGAUCUAGGGUAUCUCAUUUCCGAGCUUCUCAAAAGACGACAACAAGGUACUACUUCUACUGAUAGUGAUGUUGAAGAUGUAGAGGGUAGUGAUGUUGAAGAUGUAGAGGGUAGCGAUGCUGAAGAUACAAAUUCUGAGGAAUUUGAAGCUGAUGAUGAUACAAAUUCUGAGAAGUCAGAAGACGGCGUUACAAAUUCUGAAGAAUCUCAAGCUGAGAGUUCAAAUUCUGAAUCAGAAGCCGAUGAAGCAGAAGAUGAAGAUAUAAGUUCUGAGGAAUCUCAAGUUGAGAGUUCAAAUUCUGAAGAAUCAGAAGUUGAUGAAGCAGAAGAUGAAGAUAUAGGUUCUGAGGAAUCUGAAGCCCAGGAUAUAAAUUCUGAGGAAUCAUCAGAAGAAGUUGAGGAUUCAGAUGAUGAGCCACCAAGGCCCCUCAUUGAUAUCAACGGAAGCGAGCGUAAUUUGCCUACUGGAAGGAUCUUCACGGAUAUCGAUCAAUGCAUAAAUAAUUCACUUUUGAAGAAACAUCUCAUGGAUUUCAAUCCAGAAAGGAAUAAUUUAUUUAACGGGAGGGCUGAAAUCAGAAUUUCUAGGUUGAAAUAUAUUACGCCGUCGGAGAGACACUCGUGGAUUGAAGAGUAAGUGAAUCAUCUAUGGGGAGAGACAGAGACUCAAGUAUACGCAUGAAUAUUCAUGGUUAUGGCCUACCGAAGGAUAAUUUCUCUUCAUGUUAAUAUGUAGCCAUAAACUACAAUCAAUGACACUAGCUUAGUUAUAAUAAAAUGCAAACUCAAGCUCGAAAGCUUUGUAAGCUUAUCGGUAUUCUCUUAAAUAAUUCAAGGUUUUAAUGUUGUUGUUAAUGUCAAUUGACCACUAACCUGAUUUGGAUGGUUGCUGGUUAUGUGGUACAAUUAUAUGUGCUUCUAUUAUGACUGUUAUAUUAUUUUAAAUAAUUUUUUAAA